AUGGAUGAACCGGAAAUUGUAGCGGGACGCACACUAUCGCCUUCUCCCAUGUAUUUCAGUGAUAGAAUGUCUUUUCGAUGGUUUGAAUUACCCCUUUGCUCCCUACUUCUGUACAAGGCUGCUUCACAAGUUCAGAAUGAUGAAGACUGGUGGAUAUGCGUUCCUGUCUAUGCACUUGGUGCUAUUCUUUGCUUGCUGCAAACACCAACAAGCAUUAUUUGGCGUACAGCAAGUGCAGUUGUAAUCCUGUUUGGAUCAAUUCUGAUAGCAUUUCUCAUAUGGACUGCGAACCAUUUAGCAGACGUCAUCACGACUGAACCCUUCGAUCAGUGUAGUGAUAUUUUCCUUAUGGCUGCUGCAGUGGCUAUGACAUGUGGUGUUCGUUUGCGCAGCGUGCAACAUGCCACUGUAUUUGCUUAUUUGCGAACAGCGCUUUUCCUUGUGGCACUCUCGGUUGCAUUUUUGGGACUGGUCUAUUCGCUGUGCUUUUACACCGAUUCUCCCAUUCGUUACUUCAUUGAUUUUUGGUAA